AUGCAUCCUCCCAAGUGCACACACCUGGGCCACAACAGGGAAGCAGCAGCGGGCAAACAAGGACAAGGGCAAGACCCGGGAAGCGCAGGACGGGCGUCCCUUUCUUUCACUCCCGCGGAGGAGGAAGGAGCUCGGGAAAGAGAAGAGGCACGAAGAGCAGGUGGAGGCGAGGCUGAAGUCAGCCAGCCUGGCCAGUCUGUUCCUGAAGGCGUCUUUAAGAACCUGGAGAGAUUCGACCGAACGAGGUCUAGAGACAAAGAAAACACCGUUUCCUACAGCCUUCCCAGCCCCGGGGUCUGCGGCAGCUGCGACGCGCGCCGAGGGAAGCGGGGGGGUCUCCAUGGCAACGUUGACGUCAGGGACCCGGGGCCCGGCACGCCGCCUCCCGCCCCCGCCCGCCGGCCUGGCGCAGCCCCAGCCCCGAUCUGCGGCAGCUGGGACGCCAGAGGCGUUGGAGCCGCCCCCCUGCCUCCAGACCUGUCCCGUCCUGGCCACCGGAGACGGACAGGCAGCCCCUUCCUAGGGAGAAUGGCAUGUGAAUCCGAUGCGGGAGGUGAUGAGCCCCGACCCCCUCCUCCACCCUCCCAGACUUCCGUCUGCCUCCCUCCGCUCCGCUCCACAACAGAGGGGGGCGGUUUGUAGUUGAACAACUCCCAAACCAUCAUAUAUCCCUCCCCCACCACUCUGCCUCCGCCCCUUGCCUCUCUCUCCCGCUGCUCCUGCCCCCCCCCCCCCCCUUCGUCUUCCUCCCUUCUGCUGGUCCGUUCCUCCCCGGUGCCAGCCUCUGCCUCAGGGCCUCCGCACCGGCUCUUCCCACCGCUUGGAAGGCGCUUCCCUGCUCCACCUGCCCCAGGAGUUGGUCAUUUCCGGCUCUUGCAGGUGGAGACACGUGAGCUCGGUGCCGCCCCCUCUCGGAGGCGCUCAUUCCAGCCGCCUGCACCUCCUUGUAGCUCUCUCUGCCGCCGCGAUGCAAAAUGGUUUGUGGGGUUAUCUGGCUAAUGGCUGCCUCCUCCCUCAGACUGAAUGUGGUGGAGGAUGGCGUUUGCUUUAUUUACUCCUGAGUCGCCAGCGUGCCUGGCGCACAGUUGGUGCUCAGUACAUUAAAAAAAAAAAAAAAAAAAAAAAA